CUUCAGUUUUCAAAAGUAUGGCUAAGAAUCAAAACACAGUUGUUGGGUUUAACUUCUUCUUGGCCUCCCUGCUUUUCUUCCUCAAUCCUACCUCGGCAUUGUUAGAAACCAAAGUUUACAUUGUGUAUAUGGGAGCAAGGCAGCAUGAUGAUAUAGAGCUUAUCACAUCUACCCAUCAUGAUAUGCUAGCUACUAUACUUGGAAGCCAAGAAGCAGCAGCGGAUUCAAUGAUUUACAGCUACAGGCAUGGAUUCUCUGGUUUUGCAGCCAUGAUGACCAAAUCCCAAGCUCAAACCAUUGCAGACUUACCUGGUGUUGUUAAAGUGAUGCCUAAUUACAAGUACAAGCUGCAAACAACCAGGAGUUGGGAUUAUCUGGGCCUAUCAUUCAACUCUGCCAAUAAUAAUCUCCUCCAUGAUACUAAGAUGGGUGAUGGUAUCAUUGUUGCUGUUUUUGAUUCAGGAGUGACACCAGAAAAUGAAGCCUACAAUGAUAAAGGACUAGGCCCAAUUCCUUCAAAGUGGAAGGGCUACUGUCAAUCCGGGCAGAAGUUCAACCCCAAGAAGCAUUGCAACAGAAAACUAAUUGGAGCUCGCUACUUCAUCGAUGGGCACCUGGCCGAGAUAGGCCAGCAGCCUGGAAACACGACAGGAAUCGACGACUACAUCUCUGCAAGGGACAAAGAUGGGCAUGGCACCCACACUUCCAGCACUGCAACAGCCUCACCAGUCCACAAUGUGAGUUAUAAAGGCCUGGCUUUAGGCACACUAAGGGGGGGCGCCCCUCGAGCUAGGCUGGCCAUCUACAAGAUCGGAUGGGAUGGUGGGAUCGCGGCUGCUGAUGCUCUAAAGGCCUUCGACGAAGCCAUUCAUGAUGGAGUCGAUGUCAUAUCUGCCUCCUUUGGGCAACCUGUGCCUUUAUACUCUGAAGUAGACCCUCAAGACUCAAUCAACUAUGGAUCCUUCCAUGCUGUUGCACAUGGAAUCAGUGUCGUCGCUUCUGCAGGGAACGACGGGCCUGGUGCUCAAUCUGUGAGCAAUGGGGAGCCCUGGGUUUUAACUGUUGCUGGUAUUACACCUGAUAGAGCUUUCCCUACCCCAAUCACACUUGGAAAUGGCCAAAUCUUUAUGGGUGAAUCGUUGUUCUAUGGGAAUGAUACGGGCCUUGUUAGCUUGGUUUACACUGAACCAGAUACAGAUAUUUCACAGAACAAUUCUUGGCUAGCUGGAACUGUGCUGUUGUAUUUUGCUGGACAGCAAGGUGCAGAUCAUGAUUUUCUUCGGGAAACUGUGAAAGGAGCUGGUGGAUUGGGAGUAAUUUUGUUUCAACAGACCUCUUCUGCGCUUGAUUCUUACAAUAGCGACUUCCCGUUGAUACAAGUAGGUUACGAGAUUGGAACUAAAAUACUCCUCUAUAUCCGCUCUACAAGUGAUCCAAAAGUGCGACUAAGUCCAACAAAAACUCAUAUCGGUAAGCCAAUCUCUACUGUUGUAGCAAAGUAUUCAUCCCGUGGCCCUUACACUUUAACUCCGGAGUUACUCAAGCCGGAUAUAGCAGCUCCAGGAACAAAUAUAUUGGCUGCGUAUAUUCCUGAUGAUCCUACUGUGCCAAGUGCAUAUUACUUUGUUUCUGGGACAUCUAUGGCUACCCCACACGUGGCAGGAAUAGUUGCCUUGCUCAAAUCUGUCCAUCCAGAUUGGUCUCCUGCUGCUAUAAAAUCCGCAAUUGUCACAACAGCAUGGACGACUGACCCAAUCUCUGGGCAACCAAUAUUUAGUGAAGGAGACACAAUUACUAAGUUGGCAGAUGCAUUUGACUAUGGAGGAGGGAUCAUAAAUCCCAAUAAAGCAAGAUAUCCAGGCCUCAUUUAUGACAUGGGAACAAAAGAUUAUAUUCACUAUCUUUGUGCCGUAGGAUAUGAAACUAGUGCCAUUGGCAAACUUGCUGGACAAACCAUUUCUUGCCCUAGAGGGUUAUCCAUUCUCGAUAUGAACUUUCCAUCCAUAACCAUACCAAACCUAAAAGAAUCAGUUACCUUUAAGAGAACUGUGACAAAUGUUGGACUUACAAAUUCUAUAUAUAAAGUUGUAAUUGAACCUCCAAAGGGAAUAAAUGUAGCGAUAAAGCCAACCACCCUAGUAUUUGGCCCCACGGUAAAGAAGAUCUCAUUUACCGUGACAGUUUCCACAACCUAUCGCUUCAACACUGGGUAUUCUUUCGGAAGCUUAACUUGGAACGAUGGAGUGCAUAACGUGAGAAUUCCUAUAUCUGUCAAGGUUGCUUAUUAAAAAUUCAGAGUAAAUGUAUGUUUGAAGAAUAACUUAAAGAUUAAGGUAUUCAUUGCCUUGGUACUUUAAGCGUUGAACUUUGUUGUUUGAGGCAUGCUAGAACUGACAUUUGGUUAAUAUGUUGUUGAACUUUUGGUUAAUCAUUUAACAAUCUUUGUCCAAUGACAUUUGGACAAAAACUAAGGAAUUAAUUUUACA